CGUGGAGUUUGGGGCUCUUGCUGGAUUUCCCCACCCGUUUGUAACUUUGUCCUUGUGGCAGUUUUGUGGGCAGAGUUGGGCACCCAGCCAAGACUGCUCCUUGCACUGCAGGGUCUGUGGGGAUAUGUUCUGCUGAUACCUUUGGAAUUUACUUCAUGAAAAUUGACUGAAGCAGAAAUGCAUCCCGGAUUUGGGAAUUCUUCCAGGCUGCGUGUGAGGGAAUCAUUGGUUUGAUCUUUGUUAGCAGAGUGGCUUGGAUGGCAGCGGGUGUGUGUGUGUGUGUGCGCUAAUUUCCUGCAGGAGAGAGAAUUGCAGCUCCUACUUCACCAAGGCUCUUCCCUGAAGGAGAAUCCCUAUCCCAGGGACCCACAAGGCUGCAGGUUUCCCUGAAGAAUGACUUGUUCAGGCAGUGGAGCUGCUGCUUCUGGGACUUCCUGAUGGGCAGGGUUUUUAUGGCAUUUCCACCAGUUUUUCUUGAGCUAAAUACCAAGAGACUCGAGACUUUCCCCCCUUUUCUGGCUCAGUGAUUUCCUUCUCCAGUGAAUAUGGCAAAGAUUUAAAGGGGCAGGACGGAGGCAGCAUGACUUGCAGCUGCAGCUUCCCUGCAUCUGCCACCAGCAUCCAGCCAAUAUCUUGAUGCUCAACAUUUCUGCUUUACAAAUAUGAUGAAAUGGCAGCCCCGGAAGAAGGUACACAGCAAGCAGAGAAAAGGGAUAAAACAACAAAAGGCCUGUACACCUUACCCAAAACUUGCAAGAAAAGAAUAAAGUUUAGGCGUACUUCCGACAGGGUGUUGCCCUUCAGUACCUUGGACGCCAUGCAGACGCACUGGCAGCAUUUGCAUCUGGGCUGGCUCAGGAUCCCAAGAGUCUGCAGCUUCUUGUUGGGAUGGUGGAAGCCGCCAUGAAAUCCCCCAUGCGAGAGUCACUCGAGCCAACUUAUCAGCAACUUCAGAAGAUGAAGCUGGACAAGAGCCCCUUUGUGGUGGUAUCGGUGGUUGGCCAGGAGCUCCUGACUGCAGGCCACCAUGGUGCCUCUGUGGUUGUGUUAGAAGCUGCCCUGAAGAUCGGCACUUGCAGCCUGAAGCUAAGGGGAUCCGUGUUCUCUGCUCUGAGCAGUGCUUACUGGUCUCUUGGGAACACAGAGAAAAGCACCGGAUACAUGCAGCAGGACUUGGAUGUAGCCAAGACAUUAGGUGACCAGACGGGAGAAUGCCGAGCUCAUGGGAAUCUGGGCUCCGCAUUCUUCUCCAAAGGAAAUUACCGGGAGGCCCUUACUAACCACAGACAUCAGCUGGUGCUCGCCAUGAAACUCAAGGACAGAGAGGCAGCUUCCUCAGCUCUGAGCAGCCUGGGCCAUGUGUAUACAGCCAUUGGCGAUUACCCCAAUGCACUGGCUAGUCACAAGCAGUGUGUCCUCCUUGCGAAGCAAUCCAAAGACGAGCUCUCGGAGGCCCGCGAGCUGGGGAACAUGGGGGCAGUGUACAUUGCUAUGGGGGACUUUGAGAACGCGGUGCAGUGCCACGAGCAGCACCUGAAGAUUGCCAAGGAGCUGGGGAACAAGCGGGAGGAGGCGCGAGCCUAUAGCAACCUGGGCAGCGCCUACCACUACCGGAGGAACUUCGACAAGGCCAUGUCCUACCACAAUUAUGUGCUGGAGCUGGCCCAGGAGCUGGCCGAGAAAGCCAUUGAGAUGCGGGCCUAUGCUGGCCUGGGCCAUGCUGCCAGGUGUAUGCAAGACCUGGAGAGGGCCAAGCAGUACCAUGAAGAACAGCUGGGCAUUGCUGAGAGCCUGCAGGACCGAGCCGCUGAGGGCAGAGCCUCUUCCAAUCUAGGGAUCAUUCACCAGAUGAAAGGCGACUAUGACUCUGCUCUGAAACUCCACAAGACUCACCUGUCCAUCGCCCAGGAACUGAAUGACUAUGGUGCUCAGGGCAGGGCCUACGGCAACAUGGGCAAUGCAUACAAUGCCCUGGGCAUGUAUGACCACGCUGUGAAAUACCACCGGCAGGAGCUGCAGAUUUCUAUGGAAGUGAACGAUCGGGCCUCGCAGGCAUCCACCCACGGGAACUUAGCAGUGGCCUAUCAGGCCUUAGGCGCCCAUGACCGGGCCCUGCAGCACUACCAAAACCACCUCAACAUCGCCCGGGAGCUGCGGGACAUACAGAGCGAGGCCCGGGCCCUCAGCAACCUGGGCAACUUCCAUUGUUCGCGAGGAGAGUACGCGCAGGCAGCCCCUUACUAUGAGCAAUACCUGCGCCUGUCCCCUGAGCUGCAGGACAUGGAGGGGGAGGGGAAAGUUUGCCACAACCUUGGCUAUGCCCAUUACUGCCUUGGAAACUAUGAGGAGGCUGUGAAGUACUACGAGCAGGAUCUCGCCUUGGCAAAGGAUCUACAUGACAAGCUGAGCCAAGCCAAGGCCUACUGCAACCUGGGCCUGGCGUUCAAGGCCUUAAUGGACUUCAGCAAAGCCGAGGAGUGCCAGAAGUACCUGCUGUCUCUGGCCCAGUCUCUGAACAAUUCCCAAGCCAAAUUCCGGGCUCUUGGGAACCUGGGGGAUAUUUUUGUAUGUAAAAAAGAUGUAAAUGGUGCAAUAAAAUCCUAUGAGCAGCAGCUGAGUUUAGCUCAUCAUGUCAAAGACCGGAGAUUGGAGGCCAGCGCCUAUGCAGCCUUGGGUUCUGCCUACAAGAUGAUACAGAAAUAUGACAAGGCCUUGGGGUACCAUACACAGCAACUGGAGGUUUACCAGGAACUAGGGGAUGUGCCGGGUGAAUGCAGAGCUCAUGGCCACCUUGCUGCAGUGUACAUGUGCCUUGGGAAGUACACCAUGGCAUUCAAGUGUUACGAAGAACAGCUGGAACUUGGACAGAAGCUGAAGGACCCCAGUAUAGAGGCCCAAGUCUAUGGCAACAUGGGCAUCACCAAGAUGAACAUGAAUGUUAUGGAGGAAGCUAUUGGGUACUUUGAGCAGCAGCUGGCCAUGCUACAGCAGCUGAGCGGAAACGAAGCUGUGCUGGACAGAGGCCGGGCAUACGGAAACCUGGGGGAUUGUUAUGAGGCUCUAGGAGAUUAUGAAGAAGCCAUAAAGUAUUAUGAACAGUACUUAUCUGUAGCUCAGAGUUUAAAUCGCAUGCAAGACCAGGCGAAGGCCUAUCGGGGCCUGGGAAAUGGGCACAGGGCAAUGGGAAGUUUGCAGCAGGCUCUCGUGUGCUUUGAAAAGAGGCUAGUGGUGGCCCAUGAGCUCGGGGAGGCGUUCAACAAAGCCCAAGCCUAUGGGGAGCUGGGGAGUCUGCACAGCCAAUUAGGAAAUUAUGAGCAAGCCAUCUCCUGCCUGGAACGGCAGCUCAACAUCGCCCGAGAAAUGAAGGACCGGUCUUUGGAGAGCGACGCAGCCUGUGGCCUGGGGGGAGUCUAUCAGCUAAUGGGCGAAUACGACACGGCACUGCAGUACCACCAGCUGGACCUGCAGAUUGCCGAAGAGACCAACAAUCCCACCUGCCAGGGCAGGGCCUAUGGGAAUCUGGGAUUAACGUACGAGUCGCUGGGCACCUAUGAGAGGGCAGUGGUUUAUCAGGAGCAACAUCUCAGCAUUGCAGCUCAAAUGAAUGACUUGGUGGCCAAAACCGUGUCCUACAGCAGCCUUGGGAGGACACACCAUGCCUUGCAGAACUACUCUCAGGCUGUGAUGUACUUGCAGGAAGGACUGAGACUGGCAGAACAGCUGGGGCGUAGAGAAGAUGAAGCUAAAAUCCGCCAUGGCCUGGGCCUCUCCCUCUGGGCUAGUGGGAACCUGGAGGAGGCCCAGCACCAGCUCUAUAGGGCGUCAGCACUGUUUGAAACCAUCCGCCACGAGGUGCAGCUGAGCACCGACUACAAGCUAUCGCUCUUCGACCUGCAGACAUCAUCCUACCAGGCCCUGCAGCAAGUGCUCGUCAGCCUUGGCCACCAUGACGAAGCCCUGGCUGUGGCAGAAAGGGGAAGAACGAGAGCGUUCGCUGACUUGCUGGUGGAACGUCAGACUGGACAGCAGGACUCUGACCCCUAUUCCCCCGUCACCAUUGACCAGGUUCUGGAGACUGUGAAUGGCCAGAGGGGACUUGUUCUCUACUACUCACUGGCUGCCGGCUAUCUGUACAGCUGGUUGCUUGCUCCUGGGGCAGGAAUUCUGAAGUUUCAUGAAUACUAUCUGGGUGACAGCAUGGCAGAGAAUGCCGGGGACAUCCAUGAAGCAAGCAGCAUGGGCUUCCAAACGGUUACUAAUUCAGCACUGGAGCUCUACAUCUCAAGUGUACGAGAGGCACUGGGCGUGGAUUCCUACUAUACCCGCGCCUGCGCCAGCAGCGAGACAGAGAGUGAAGCUGGGGACAUCAUGGACCAGCAGUUUGAGGAGAUGAACAAUAAGCUGAACUCAGUAACUGAUCCAACCGGCUUCCUGCGAAUGGUCAGCAGGAAUAACCUCUUCAACAGGAGCUGUCAGAGCAUGACCAGUCUGUUCAGCAGCACCAUGUGCCCUGCUAAGGAUGGAACAUCCUCUCUUCCUAGGAGGCAGAGCACCUUCUCCAAACCCCCGCUACGUGCGCUCUACGACCUGUUGAUAGGGCCCAUGGAAGGGGGUCUGAUGCAUUCCAGUGGUCCAGUCGGCCGCCAUCGCCAGCUGAUACUAGUUCUAGAGGGAGAACUGUACCUUAUCCCCUUCGCUCUCCUGAAAGGAAGUUCCUCGAAUGAGUACCUCUACGAGCGCUUCAGCCUCGUCGCAGUACCAUCUAUCCAGUCACUGAACCCCAACUCCAAGUCCCUUUUGAAGAAGAAUGCUCCUGCUUAUUCCAGUUCUACCUCAAUGGCAGCUGUCAUAGGAAAUCCCAAACUCCCUGCAGCAGUGAUGGACAGAUGGCUUUGGGGGCCUAUGCCCUCUGCAGAAGAGGAGGCCUAUAUGGUAUCUGAAUUACUUGGCUGCCAGCCUCUGGUUGGCAACGUGGCAACGAAAGAGAGGGUCAUGAGCGCACUCACUCAGGCAGAGUGUGUCCAUUUUGCAACCCAUGUUUCCUGGAAGCUGGCUGCCUUGGUCCUAACGCCCAACACUGAUAGUAACCCAGCCAGUAGCAAGAGCUCCUUUGGGAAUCCCUACACAAUUCCAGAAUCCCUCCGGAUGCAGGAUGAUGCCAGUGAUGUGGAGAGUAUCUCAGACUGCCCUCCUCUCCAGGAGUUCCUGCUCACAGCAGCCGACGUUCUGGAUCUGCGGCUUCCUGUCAAAUUAGUGGUUCUCGGCUCCUACCAAGAGUCCAACAGCAAAGUCACUGCUGAUGGGGUCGUUGGCUUGACACGGGCAUUCCUGGCUGCUGGGGCUCAGUGUGUCCUGGUGUCACUCUGGCCUGUUCCUGUGGCCGCUUCCAAAAUGUUUGUGCAUGCCUUCUAUGCCUCCCUCCUUAAUGGAAUGAAAGCCAGCGCAGCCCUCGGCGAGGCCAUGAAAACCGUGCAGAGCAGCAAGCAGUUCUCCCAUCCAUCCAACUGGGCAGGCUUCAUGCUCAUUGGGAGUGAUGUGAAGCUGAACAGCCCUUCCUCGCUAAUUGGACAGGCCCUGACAGAGAUUCUGCAGCACCCGGAGAGAGCACGAGAUGCCCUGAGAGUCUUGUUACAUCUGGUGGAGAAGUCGCUGCAGCGAAUCCAGAACGGGCAGCACAAUUCCAUGUACACUUCUCAGCAGAGUGUGGAGAAUAAAGUUGGCGGCAUUCCAGGCUGGCAGGCAUUACUCACUGCUGUGGGGUUUCGACUUGACCCUCCUGCGAGUGGUCUUCCAGCUGCAGUUUUCUUCCCAACUUCAGACCCCGGUGAACGGCUACAGCAAUGCAGCACCACCAUCCAGUCCCUCCUAGGUUUGCCUAACCCGGCACUUCAGGCACUUUGCAAACUUAUUACUGCUUCAGAGACUGGAGAACAGCUUAUCAACCGGGCUGUUAAAAAUAUGGUGGGAAUGCUACAUCAGGUCUUGGUUCAACUCCAAGCAGGAGAGAAGGAGCAGGAUUUCUCCUCUGCACCGAUCCAGGUCUCCAUCAGUGUCCAGCUCUGGAGGCUUCCUGGCUGCCACGAGUUUCUGGCAGCCUUAGGUUUUGACCUUUGUGAAGUUGGGCAGGAGGAGGUGAUACUGAAAACUGGGAAACAAGCUAAUAGGAGGACCAUGCACUUUGCUCUCCAGUCCCUGCUGGCACUUUUUGAUUCUACAGAGUUACCCAAACGUCUUAGCCUGGACAGUUCCUCAUCACUGGAAUCACUGGCUUCUGCUCAGUCCAUUUCCAACCCAAUGCCUUUGGGAUAUCAGAACCCUCCCUUCUCUCCUACUUGUCCAGACAGUAUUGCGUCAGACGCCAUUUCUGUGUACAGCCUGAGCUCUAUCGCUUCUUCAAUGAGUUUUGUUUCCAAGCCAGAGAGCACAUCAGAAGGUGCAGGGCACAGGGGGCGACAGGACUAUGAAAGGCCUAAGAAUGUCUAUCCGCAAAGGUCCUCUGUGCCACGGAGCCAACUGUCUCCACAGACCAAUGCUGCAGCCAGCAAAGACAAUGAGGAGUAUGAAGGAUUUUCUAUCAUUAGCAAUGAGCCUAUGGCAACUUAUCAAGAAAAUAUAAAAACAAGAUUUUCCCCUGAUCACAAACAAUCCAAAACUGGUCAAUCUGGAGGGAUUAAAGUUUCUGUCAGUUCCAAAGGGAGCAUAAGUACCCCAAAUUCCCCUGUUAAAAUGACUCUUAUUCCCAGUCCGAACUCACCUUUCCAAAAAGUUGGAAAACUUGCAAGUUCUGAUACUGGAGAAUCUGACCAAUCUAGCACUGAAACUGACAGCACUGUCAAAUCCCAAGAGGAGAACAACCCAAAGCUCGAUCCACAAGAGUUGGCCCAGAAAAUUCUGGAGGAGACUCAAAGUCACCUUAUUGCUGUUGAACGUCUUCAAAGAAGCGGCAGUCAGAUGAACAAGAAGAAGAACUCGGAAGAUGGAGCAGCAGCUGGUGCUUCUGUAUUCAGAGCCUCAGAGACCAGCGCAUUCAGUAGGCCACUGAGCUCUAGUCAGAGGAGUCAUCCUUCACCAGUUACAAUUAAACCAAAGCCUCCAACAAGGAGCUCAUCCCUUCAGAAAGUGAGUUCCGGAUAUAACAGCCCCACAACGUCGGAGAUGUCCAACAAAGACGGCACAGGCCCAUACAGUGGGCAGCCUUCUCCGAAUUCUGACUCUCAUGGCUCGUUAACUGAACACCCUCACUUUAAACUCAAGUACCCUAGCUCUCCUUACAGCGCUCAUAUUUCUAAAUCUCCCAGAAAUAUCUCCCCAAGCUCAGGGCAUCAGUCUCCUGUGGGCAGCACCCCCUCUCCUGCUCUCUCUUACUCCUCAGCUGGGUCUGCUCGCUCCAGCCCAGCUGAUGCCCCAGAUAUAGACAAAUUAAAAAUGGCUGCCAUCGAUGAAAAGGUGCAGGCCAUCCACAACCUGAAAAUGUUUUGGCAGAGCACUCCCCAACAUUCCACAGGCCCUAUGAAGAUUUUCCGAGGAGCUCCUGGAACAAUGACUGCUAAGAGAGAUGUUCUCAGCUUGCUAAACUUAUCUCCACGGCACAGCAAAGAUGAAAGUGCAGACAAGCUGGAACUUAAGGAGUUGUCUAUUCAGCAACACCUUGCUUCUCCACAAAAGAACCCUCCAAAUGGACACAGGCGCCCUGAAACUACCAAUGCAGUGACUUCAUCCCAUUCUCCACCUUCCAAUAGCAUUCCGGGAACAGUACGCCCCUUGAGGCUGCCAUCUGGGAAUGGUUAUAAAUUUUUGUCACCAGGGAGAUUUUUCCCUUCCUCCAAAUGUUGAAAUGUCUUUUAUACCAGUUGAUUCAACUUGCAAUCACAUAAAGGUUCUCAGUAUUUGCUUCUACCCACUUGCCUUGAUCAAUACAAAACCACAGAAUAUUACCCGAGAAGCCAUGGUCACACCCAUGAUUAGCAGUGCAGAGUAAUGAGACAAAUUAGCCUGGCGCAGUGCAUUACAGUGUAUGACAAGGGCCUUAUGCAAAUAGGUUUCAAUUCCUCUUGUCAGUACUUUGGCCAGACGCACCUGAUGACAGUUUUGUGUAGCAUUCACAGCUAGUUCUGUGCAGCAGCAAAUUCAAUUAAUCUGUAUGUCUGUUCACAAAAUGUUAGCCUUUAAACCACCUACAUGUAUUUCUUAUCCUGAAAGGAUGUUUACAGUUGGAUUUUUAUACAGAAUUUAUACAUAUCCAGGGAUUGGGGAAGGAGGCGAGACGAGGCAAAUCUUCCAUUUUGUGCCACAAGGAUAAUGCACACAGAGCAGAAGUACAAGCCAUUGCUUUUAUGCUUCCAGGGGCUGCGCAGGGGGAGUAGAUGAUAAUGUAACUAGGUGAAAUUGCUGUUAGUCAAAUGUAAGCAGAUGUGAGAAAACGCUAGCAAUGUACAACUCCCUGGCAACAUUGCCAACACAUCAUUCUGGUGCUGUGCUGGCGACAUGCUGAUCAAGUAGAAAGGGAUGUUCCAUUCUUAAUUCCACUUUCAGUUAACUUUUUCUGAAGAAAUGCCUUUUAGGCUGAAAUUUCCAUUGAUUGGUCUGACCCCAAAAGAACAUUUUGGUAAGUAAUGAACAAAAUCCCAUAUCUGAGUAGCGUGAGAGUGACAGAUAAAGUUCUGGUUUUACAGAGUGGUACCUUUGUUGCACGUAAUUUUACAAGGGUACUUUUUUCAUAUUGGCAGGUAGCUGGUCAGCACAGAACUUCUCUGUUUAACUCUGAAAAUGAGAGGCAGAUGCACAGUGAAUGUGAGAGAGGGUUACGCAGUGUGCAGCUCCUCAGCAUGCAGAAAUCGGAUAUUGACGUGUGAUCUAGUGAUCACGUGUUCAAGGAGCUCUCUCCAUUACUGUUAGAUCUUCCCAAGCCUCUUCCCAUGGAGAAUUCCACAAUCCCUUUCCCUGUUAUGUUGCUUUCAGGGCCAAUAUAUGCAAAUUAAAUAGGUGUGUGUCUCUGUGCAAACAGACCGCACGUGGGAUGGAAAGUUCAAACUGACUGCACAUUAAAAUCUAUGCACCUGGGUCUGUUAACGCCUUCUCCCUGGGCCCCGUGGGAAAGCCAGGAGCACUCCUGCAGCUAGGAGGGGAGACAGGCUGGGCAACAGCCAUCACAUAAUGAGGCGGAGCUAAGGCAAUUGGGAAUCAGGCUGGGACACUUGUGGUUUUUAAAGAAGGUCAUUAAAUAGAAACCACAGAAUUAAUGUAACGAAGACCGAAUUUACGUGCACUGAAACCAGGACAUACACAGCAACAUGAACUCAGCCGCACUGCAUCUAUAGCUCAAAGCAAAGUAUUACACAGGCAAUGUGCUGUGAGAAUCUUAGAGCAAGGAACAAAGUGAAGUUACCUGGCUUCUGCUCUAGACUCUCCCCAAUUCACUGUGAAACUGAACUAGUCACUUCACCCCUCUGUGCCUGAGCGCCCCCAUCUGUCAAAUGGGGGUAGUAAUACCUACCUACCUACCUCACAGGGGUGUUGUGAGGCUUAAUUAAUUAGGCCUCGAUUUUUAGUUCGAUUUCAGCUCAGCUCCUGGUGUUGUGCUCUGUAGUAGAGGCCUAUCUACAUGAAUUGUGGGUGCAAUCAAAUGGCUGGGCAUAGCUGUAGAUGCAUAAAAUUGUGUCACCCAGCCCCCUUUUGAAGCUCUAGGUCUUAACAUUUGUGAUGCUCUUUGAAAACCUGGAUGAAAGGUGCUAUAGCAGUACAAAGCAUUAAAUUCUCCCAAUUUAACAUUACAUGGCUGUAAUAUAAAAUACUGGCCUUGAUUAGCAUUUAAAACCCCUAUGGUUUGGAGAGGAAUGUUUCACAACUGCACAAGAAACUAAAUGCAAGCACUAAGAAACAAUCACAACUGCAAGAAACUAAAUGCAAGCACUACAGAUACCAUAUGUCAGGGGAUGUGCAUGCAGACAGUUAAUAGAGAGAGGGAUGAUCAUGAAACUUUCAGUGCAAAAGACCAGGAAGAGCUUAAUGCUCCAUUACACAUAUUAGAAAAUGUGGCAGAACAGUAAGCUAAAUCUACUACACUUCUUACUAGAUGCAAAUUAUUUGGCUGUUGCAUUACAGCUUCCUAUGUGGGUGAUGUAAUAUAUUUUAUUGGCCCAACUUCUGUUGGUGAGAGAGAGAAGCUUUUUAGCUUCACAGAGUUCUUCCUCGAGUCUGGGAAAGGUAUGAAAGCCAGAUCUACGCUACAGACCUAUAUUGGUAUAACUACCUCACACAGGGGUGUGAAAAACCCACCCCCCUGAAGACAUAGGCCUUGGCUACACUGGCGUUGUACAGCGCUGCAACUUGCUGCGCUCAGGGGUGUGAAAACGCCUCCCCCCCCCGAGCGCAGCGAGCACCGCGCUGCAAAGCGCCAGUGUAAUCAGAGCCUGCAGCGCUGCACACUCGCUCGCAGCGCUGCAAGCUAUUCCCCUCGGAGAGGUGGAGUACAGACAGUGGCACGACUACACUCGCGCUUCACAGCGUUGCCAUGGCAGCGCUGGGAAGUCCUGAGUGUAGCCAAGUCUAUAGUUAGACCAACCUAAAAUCCCGCCCCCUUAUAGACAGUACUAUGUUGAUGGGAGAGCUUCUCCUAUUGACAGAGCUACCACCUCUCGGAGGUGGAUUAACUGUGCAGACGCUUCUCCUGUCAGUGUAGGAGCAUCUUCACUUAAGCGCUACAGCAGCACAGUUGCAGUGUUUUAAGUGCAGACCUAAGAGGAUGACAGCUAAAUACAAGAUUGACUAGAUAGUUUAGCAUAAGUAAUGUGCACAUAUUUUAAGGUACUGUUCAUGGUGAAGUGGCCCAUUAACAACCCUUCCAUCAUAGCACAAAAAGGGGGGGUUAGUGGGUUACAGAUGGUUGUAAUAAGCCAUAAAUCCAAUGUCUCUGAUCAGUCCAGGAUUUUUAGUGUCUAGCAAAGUUAUGAAUUUAAUCUUCCAGGCUUGUCUUUUGAAAAUGUUGUGCAGGUUUCCUUUGAAGAUGAGGACUGAUAGGUCAGAUAUAGAGUGAUCCCUUUGAAAAGUGUUCACCCACAGGUGACAGGGUUUUUUUGUCCUUUAUCAUUUUCCUGUGUGAGUUCAUUGAGGAACAUAGUGAUUUUCUGGUUUCAUCCACGUAGUUGUAAUUGUUAUUAAGGCAUUUAUAAGGUAAUUCAAAAGACAAGCCUGGGACCUUAAAUUCAUGACAUUCCUAGAUACUGAAAAUACUGGUCUUAGACACUGGAUUUGUGGCUUAUUACAACUAUCUGUAACCAGACUCCGUCUACGCUACAAAUUACUUCAGUAUAAUUUAUGUGGCUCAGGAGUAUGAAUAAUUCACACCCCUGAGCGAUGUAAGUUAUAUCGACCUAAGCACCAGUGUGGAUAGCGCUAUGUUAGCGGGGGACCUUCUCCCACCUCUUGUGGAGGUGGAUUUAUUAAGCCCAUGGGAGAGCUCUCUCCUGUUGGCUUUAGAGUGUCUUCACCCGAAGUGUUACAGCAGCACAGCUGCAUCUGUGCAGCUGCAUCGUUACAGCUGCUGCAAUGUAGACCUAGCCCCAGGGUGUGUUUUUUUUCCACAUCCCCGAGCUACAAAAUGUUACAGACGAAAGUGCAGUGUAGACAUAGCCUUAGUACCUUUCCCAGACCUGAAGAACUCUGUGCAGCUUGAAAGCUUCUCUCUCACCAACUGAAGUUGGUCCAAUAAACAAUAUUACCUCAUCCACCUUGUUUCUCUAAUAUCCUGGGACCAACAAGGUUACAACACCACUGCCUUCAGCUUCUUAUGUGACAGUUUGGCUCGAAGGGUUAUCCUUUCUUCAUUAGCCCAGAAGCAUUAGAAUAAGGGGAAGAAAUAUGUCAGUACAACCGCUAAGAAAUUUUGUAAAUGACGACGAUGUUGAUAAUGCAAAUAAAUUUGGCCACAUUUGUUCAAGCCACUGAGAGACCCCCCAUAGGUUCCACUCCAGUUCUAAUCAACUUUACCAUUUUAGUACAACCUCUUAGAAACAUCAAGAUUGGAGGUGGGCAGCUUUUCGUUUACAUAACAGCACAUACUCCUUGCUGUGCUGCAUGACAUGCCAGAAAUCCCCUCUAUGCAUGUUCCAUACAUGGAGCUAUAAUCAUACAGAACUGAUACAGUUCAAAAGCUGCCAUUUUGAUACAGCCUAUUUUCACACCUCCAGUGGGCUUCUUACUAGCAACUGAACUUUCAGAAAAUCUGGAGCAGUAACAAUGUAUUAAAGAGGAAAGUGAUUAGGGUGCAGAGAAGAGGGAAGUUCAGUAUUUGGGGAAUUGGACACAUGGCACUUCUACUGGUUUUACUGAGAGCUGUGAACACUUCCUGCCUGCUCCUGGGUGGGAGACACCUCACAAACCCUCACAUCUCACUUCCCCGCCCCAUUUAUGAGAAAUGAUCAGAUUUGCCAUUUAUGUGUUAAAAUUCAGGAAGUAAAAAUAACCCAUUUUUCUCCUUUUGAUAUUAGAAUCCCUUCUGUGGACGUUACAUGCGUUUGUCGUCGUAUUUGUGCAUGGUACAAGUGAUAACACUGCUUAAUACAGUGAGCAAUAAGAACUAGGUAUUAUCCACUUUCACGAUAAACCUCCCACAUGCAAAAAAUAUCCCCAAGGCAAUAGAAUAUAUUUCCGUUUAGUUUUGCCCAGUAUGUUUUAUGGUGUGAAAUACUAAUUAUGAAUAUUUUGUUGAUUGUCUUUAGAUAAAUGGAAAGAGCCAAAAGUCAAAUUCUGUCCUGAUUUCAUAAGGUGGCCUGAACUAGCCACGUGCUGAUUCUCCUUUUUAUCAGACCCUUAUUUAAACAAGGAAACAAAAAGGUUCAUAUUGAAAAACUGUUCAGGUAAAGGUAGCUAAGGGGACACUCCAACCAUGAAUCCUACCCCUCAGCGACAUUUCCCUUCAACUGGUACCACUUUUUCACUGAACAUCUGUUUUAGGUUGUAGGGUAGGUACCAAGCUUGCAGAAAAUCUGCAUGCCCAUUUAAGAAGCACUGGUCCCUUGAGGCUGGGUGACAAUGAAUUUGAGCGAUUUCAGUAAAUAUGGGAAUACUGUAAUGCAUCUAUUCUGCCAUGUUGUCCAGAAAGGCUGUACAUGUGUAUUGUGAACUGGGCCCUUAUGUUGCAGAGAUCUUGCAAAAGAACUUUGAAGAUGGUAACUCAAGGAGGACUAGUCAGCUAGGACCCUUCUCCCAUGCAGCAGCUCUUUAGCACUCACUCUCCUUGUAUGCAGUAUUAGCCAUGUUUGGCCUAUAUGGACUUUUUUGUAAAUUAAAACUCUGUUUCCAGACAACAUUAAACAUUUUAUAUUACAAAAUUUACCAUGUAAAAAGAAUUUCAUAUUUUUAUUGAAAUUGCUAGGGCAUUUGGCCUUCUUUCUUUGUGAUUUCAGUGUCUAUUAAAGCAUGAGUUCUCUCAGUA